UCAGGCAUAUGAGAGGAUGAUCCAGGACUUCAAGCCUUUGGGGCUUCCUCUUUCUGCAGAGUGUAGCCGCGGGGCCUCCAGAUGGCAUUGAGCAAGCAGCUGUACAAGGGCUUGCCCUCAAUCAAGCUGGCGCGGGCGGCUUCUCUCGAGAACAUGUGACCCUCCCAGAUCCCGCCUCCGCCCUUCCACGGAGAGCGAGGCUAAAAGGCCCAGCCGCUGGGACGGUGGGCAGCCUGGCCAGCAUGUCCCCAAAAUCGAGUGUGUGCUGGGUCGCCCUGGGCCAGCUGCUGUGCAGCUGCGCGCUGGCGCUGAAGGGCGGGAUGCUGUUCCCGAAGGAGAGCCCGUCCCGGGAGCUCAAGACGCUGGACGGACUGUGGCACUUCCGCGCCGAUCUCUCCGACAAUCGGCUGCAGGGCUUCGAGCAGCAGUGGUACCGGCAGCCGCUGCGGGAGUCGGGCCCAACCUUGGACAUGCCCGUCCCUUCCAGCUUCAAUGACAUCACCCAAGAAGCGGCGCUUCAGAACUUCAUUGGCUGGGUGUGGUAUGAACGGGAAGCAAUCCUGCCGCAGCGAUGGACCCAAGACACCGACACGAGAGUGGUGUUGAGGAUCAACAGUGCCCAUUACUAUGCCGUUGUGUGGGUGAAUGGGAUCCAUGUGGUGGAGCAUGAGGGAGGUCACCUCCCCUUUGAGGCUGACAUCAGCAAGCUGGUCCAGAGUGGGCCCCUGACCACCUGCCGGGUCACGAUCGCCAUCAACAACACACUGACCCCUCAUACCCUUCCACCGGGGACCAUCGUCUACAAGACCGAUACCUCCAUGUAUCCCAAGGGUUACUUUGUCCAGGACACACAUUUUGACUUCUUCAACUAUGCAGGACUGCAUCGGUCUGUGGUCCUGUACACCACCCCUACUACCUACAUCGACGAUAUCACUGUGAUCACUAAUGUGGACCAAGACAUCGGGCUGGUGGACUACUUGAUUUCCGUGCAGGGCAGUGAACAUUUCCAGCUAGAAGUGCAUCUUUUGGAUGAGGAUGGCAAAGUCGUGGCCCACGGAACAGGGAACCAGGGUCAACUUCAGGUGCCCAGUGCCAACCUCUGGUGGCCUUACCUGAUGCAUGAGCGUCCAGCCUACCUGUACUCCUUAGAGGUGAAGAUGACAACAGCUGAGUCUGUGUCUGACUUCUACACCCUCCCUGUCGGGAUUCGAACAGUGGCUGUCACAAAGAGCAAGUUCCUCAUAAACGGGAAGCCUUUCUAUUUCCACGGCGUCAACAAGCACGAGGAUUCAGAUAUCCGAGGGAAAGGCUUCGACUGGCCUCUGCUGAUAAAGGAUUUCAACCUACUCCGUUGGCUCGGGGCAAAUUCCUUUCGUACCAGCCACUAUCCCUACUCCGAGGAGGUACUUCAGCUCUGUGACCGAUAUGGAAUUGUGGUCAUUGACGAGUGUCCCGGUGUGGGCAUUGUGCUGCCCCAGAGUUUUGGCAACGAGUCUCUUCGGCACCACCUAGAGGUGAUGGAGGAGACGGUGCGCCGGGACAAAAAUCACCCAGCGGUCGUGAUGUGGUCUGUGGCCAAUGAGCCCUUAUCUGCUUUCAAACCUGCUGCGUAUUACUUCAAGACGCUGAUCACCCACACCAAAGCCCUGGACCUCACCCGUCCUGUGACCUUUGUGAGCAACGCCAAAUAUGAUGCAGACCUAGGGGUCCAGUACGUGGACGUAAUCUGUAUAAACAGCUACUUCUCUUGGUAUCACGACGCUGGGCAUUUGGAGGUGAUUCAGCCCCAGUUGAAUAGCCAGUUCGAGAACUGGUACAAGACGCACCAGAAGCCAAUUAUCCAGAGCGAGUACGGAGCGGAUGCAAUCCCAGGGAUUCACGAGGAUCCGCCUCGAAUGUUCAGUGAGGAGUACCAGAAGGCUGUCCUGGAGAAUUAUCACUCAGUUCUGGAUCAGAAGCGAAAGGAAUACGUGGUCGGAGAGCUCAUCUGGAAUUUCGCCGACUUCAUGACGAGCCAGUCAACCACGAGAGUAGUAGGGAAUAAGAAGGGGAUCUUCACUCGCCAGAGACAACCCAAGACUUCCGCCUUUAUUUUGCGAGAGAGAUACUGGAGGAUCGCAAACGAAACCAGAGGUCACGGGUCAGUGCCGAGGACCCAGUGUUUUGGAAGCAGACCGUUCACGUUCUAAAGCUAAAACUACCUCACUGCAGACUCAGCCUGAAGAAGUGAAAGGGGUUCGUUCUCUCAGCAGCAGAGCAGAUGUCUCCAGACACUUCCUGGCACCAGUGUUUCUACUUUGGAUUUUGGGAACUGCUAGAAGAGGACUUUAGAAGUGACACUGAAGGGCUGGAGAGAUGGCUCAGCGGUUAAGAGCACUGCUUGUUCUUCCAGAGGUCCUGAGUUCAAUUCCCAGCAACCACAUGGUGGCUCAC